AUGAAACUUGGUAGCAUAAGACAAUUUCAAGUAGACAAUUCAGAUAUGCUAACAAAAGUUUUAACAAAAUGUGCAUUCUUCAGUUUGAGUAAAAUUCAUUCUCAUGAAACCAAAGCCACAUUUCAAUUGCCUGUAGCUCUGGAAGAAAAUGUUCUUUUAAAACUAAAAGAAGUGAGAAUGUCUUAUAUGCUGCAGCAUCUUCACAAUGGAUGGCAGGUUGAUCAAGCUAUCCUCUCUGAAGAAGAUCGUGUAGUUGUUAUUAGAUUUGGUCAUGACUGGGAUCCUACCUGCAUGAAAAUGGAUGAAGUAUUGUAUAAUAUUGCAGAAAAAGUAAAAAAUUUUGCUGUUAUUUAUUUAGUUGACAUCACUGAGGUACCAGAUUUUAACAAGAUGUAUGAACUUUAUGAUCCAUGCACAGUAAUGUUUUUCUUCAGAAACAAGCACAUCAUGAUAGAUUUGGGUACUGGAAAUAAUAAUAAAAUCAAUUGGGCUUUGGAAGAUAAACAAGAAAUGGUAGAUAUUAUAGAAACUGUGUAUCGUGGUGCAAGAAAAGGAAGAGGGUUAGUGGUUUCUCCAAAAGAUUAUUCUACAAAGUAUAGAUAUUAA